AUGAGGGACACUACACAGAGCCUAUGGCCCCCAGCUCCUCAUGAGGCUCCUGCUGCAGCCACUAUAGCCCCUGCUUCCACAGGAUCCAAGCCUGCUCAGCCCAGCAGGGAGAGGGAGACCAUGCAGAGCCCGGGGCCCUCAGAUCCUCACUCAGCCCCUGCUGCAGCCACUAAAGCCCCUGCAUCCACAAGAUCCAGGCCUGCUCAGCCCAGCAGGGAGAGGGAGACCACGCAGAGCCCGGGGCCCUCAGAUCCUCACUCAGCCCCUGCUGCAGCCACUAAAGCCCCUGCUCCCACAGGAUCCAAGCCUGCUCAGCCCAGCAGGAAGAGGGAGACCACGCAGAGCCCGGGGCCCUCAGAUCCUCACUCAGCCCCUGCUGCAGCCACUAAAGCCCCUGCAUCCACAAGAUCCAGGCCUGCUCAGCCCAGCAGGGUGAGGGAGACCACGCAGAGCCCGGGGCCCUCAAAUCCUCACUCAGCCCCUGCUGCAGCCAUCAACGCUCCUGCUUCCACAAGGCUGCUGGCUUCCGGUUUAAGCCCUAUGUUCCAGCCUCUAAUUUCCGUUUUAAGCCCUAUUCCUCCACACCUCCACCCACGACACCUGAUCCUGCUGAACCCAGCAGGGAACCCCAUUAGAUCUCUCCUGGGAGGGGAGGAUGACAGAGACACGGGGUGA